CAAACGGAGGAAAUGAUCAAAAGAUCUGAUAAGUUUUCUCUUUUUUCUUUUUUCUGGUUUCACCAUGUCUGUUUGGAAAUUUGACACCGUCCAUUACACCACCUACCUCACCACCGUGUUAUCCCAUAGAAAUUAAACUAGCGCUGACUUUGAAUUAGUGUACCUUUUUCUUUUCCUAUUCUUUUGCCUUUCUCUGUGAAAACUAAUGAAGAAUCCGAAUGGUAGAAAGAAUUAUUUAGUGGACUACGCCGAUACUGUUGAGGCUUUACCUUUGGAAUUGCAACGCAAUUAUACCCUUAUAAGACAAUUAGACGAGAAUGUCGAACAGUUAAUGUCUCAAGUAAAAACUGCGGUUCUUGAACUGCAAUCCAUCAACCGCAAGUUAACAAAAGAAGAAAGAAGGAAGCGAAAAGAACAGAUCAGUCAUUUACAGAACGAAGCAUUGAAGAAAGCAGAAGAGAAAUUCGCCUUAGCUAAAACGACAUAUGACACCGUAGAUAGACAUUGCGCGAAGUUGGAUAAUGAUCUGCAAAGAAUAGAAGAGGAACAGUUGAUUGGACCUGGACGAAUCAAUCCGUCUUCCUCAACCACUACUGUUUUAACUGGAGAAAAGAGAUCAAAUGCGGAUACAAAGCAACAGGCAGAUAUGGGUGCCGUUGACACGUCAAGAAUAAAAAAUACUGGUAGUAGAGGUAGAAAAUCUGCCCCUACAGCAUCCACUACUACUACUACCACUACCACUACCAAGGCGACAAGAGGACGUAAACGUGGUAGAGCUUCACGCUCCAAUGCCAAUACUCAAAGUGCAAUCCAAGAUGGAGAAACAUAUUUAUCAACAGCUGAUGUUAUGCAGCAUGCCGAAGCUGCUGCUACGUUAAGUGAUUUGCCUAUUGAUCCAAAUGAGCCAGUUUAUUGUUACUGUAACCAAGUAUCCUUCGGUGAGAUGGUUGCUUGCGAUAACCCUGAUUGUGAAGUGGAAUGGUUCCAUUUGGAAUGUGUAGGCUUACAAACACCUCCGAAAGGAAAAUGGUUCUGUAGAAAUUGUAUCAAGCACGAAAAUCCGAAAAAACGAAGAAAGCUUUAAGAUUGUGUCAGCUUUGCUUUUUUUCUUUUUUCUUCUUCGUUAGUCUCCUUUCUUUCUGCUAAUCUCUUUUUAUAUCUGUACGGUAAGAGGUAUACGGAUAUACACAUUUUAAUCAUCAUGCUUUUUGUCCAUAAAAUGUCCCCCCUGAUUAUUUUUGCUUACAUUGUUGAUUCUGGAUUCAUAGCUGGAUUCUUGCACCUUUUCAAUUUGUAAUCGAUUUUCUUUGCCUCAUCUUGGGUUACUGGUUUAAAUUCCUUGAUCUGAUGGACGAUUUUGUUUAUAAUAUUCAAUAAUGUAGCUGCAUUAUUACCAAACUUAUCCGUUAUAUAAUCCUUGACACGUUGAUCAAAUC